AUGUCCGGAGGUCUGGAUGUCCUUCAAAUGAAGGAGGAGGAUGUGCUGAAGUUCCUGGCUGCAGGGACCCAUCUGGGAGGAACCAACCUGGACUUCCAGAUGGACCAGUACGUCUACAAAAGGAAAAGUGACGGUGUGUACAUCGUUAACCUGAAGAAGACCUGGGAGAAGCUUCUGCUGGCCGCCAGAGCCAUUGUUGCCAUUGAGAACCCAGCAGAUGUGUGUGUAAUCUCGUCUAGGAACACUGGACAGAGGGCAGUGCUGAAAUUUGCCUCUGCCACUGGUGCAACCACGUUCCAUGGCCGAUUCACCCCAGGAACCUUCACCAAUCAGAUCCAGGCGGCUUUCAGGGAACCACGUCUACUGAUUGUGACUGAUCCCCGUGCUGACCACCAGCCCCUCACUGAAGCCUCUUAUGUGAACAUCCCCACCAUUGCUCUGUGCAACACUGAUUCUCCUCUGAGAUAUGUUGACAUUGCAAUCCCCUGCAACAACAAGGGCCACCACUCUGUGGGUUUGAUGUGGUGGAUGCUGGCAAGAGAGGUCCUGAGGAUGAGGGGCACAAUCUCCAGGGAACACCCAUGGGAGGUCAUGCCGGAUCUGUACUUUUACAGAGAUCCAGAGGAGAUUGAGAAGGAAGAACAGGCUGCUGCUGAGAAGGCUGUUGGAAAGGAAGAGUUCCAGGGUGAAUGGAGUGCUCCUGCUGCAGAGUUCACUCAGCCUGAGGUGGCUGACUGGUCUGAGGGUGUGGCUGUGCCAUCUGUGCCCAUUCAACAGUUCCCUGCUGCUGCUCCUGCUCCUGGUGCGGUAAAGACAGAGGAUUGGAGCACUCAACCUGCCACGGAAGAUUGGUCCACUGCCCCCACAGCCCAGGCAUCCGACUGGGGUGGCACCACUUCUGACUGGUCUUAG